GAUUCAAGUUCAGUAAACAUCGCACAACUUCCAAGUCAUGAACAGGAAGAAAUUUUUGAUUUUUGGUGGUGCAAUUACUUUGAUAGUGAUUAUUGUUCUUGCCAUAGCAUUACCGUUAACAUUAAUUAAAUCAAAUGAUGAUAAUAUCAGUUUCAAAGGUAGUGACGUACUUGACGAAGUUCCAUUGAUUGACGGACACAAUGAUUUUCCAUUUAAUUUAUAUUUACUCGAACAAAAUCGAUUGAAAGAUGUUGACUUUAAUUCUGACUUACGUUUGAAUCCCAAAUGGCAAGUCAAUAGAAGCUUUACAGAUCUGCCAAGAAUGAGACAAGGUAAACUUGGGGGACAGUUUUGGGUGGCUUAUGUAAGAUGUGAACAUAAUUAUAAAGACGCAGCUGAGAGAACGUUGGAACAAAUUGACGUCAUUAAGAGAUUGAUCAACAAAUAUCCAAACGACAUGAUGUACGUCACUGAAGCUGAUCAAAUUAUGGAAGCUUUUAACCAAAAGAAAGUCGCGAGUAUGAUUGAGAUCGAAGGUGGACAUUCAAUUGAUUCGAGGCUGUCAGUGUUGAGAUUGUACUACGAGUUGGGUGUUCGAUGCAUGACAUUGACUCACAGUUGUGACUUGCCAUGGGCUGACUCAUCACCAAUUGACGACAAUCCAAGUGCGGUUAAGAAGAAUUUGACUGAUUGGGGAUUGAAGGUUGUGGAAGAAAUGAAUCGUCUGGGGAUGAUCAUUGAUUUGUCACAUGUGAGUGAAGGUGUGAUGUUGGCAGCUUUGGAACAUUCGAAGGCUCAAGUGAUAUUCAGUCAUUCAUCAGUUUAUGCGCUACAAAAUCAUCAUCGCAAUGUUAAAAACAAUGUUUUGUUGAAAGUUAAAGAGAAGAACGGCCUUGUAAUGAUCAAUUUCUAUAGCAGCUUCAUCGGUGGAAAUGAUACGAUUGAUGAUGUCAUAAAUCACAUUAAUUAUGUCAGAGAUUUAAUUGGGUCUGAACAUGUCGGAAUCGGUGGAGAUUACGAUGGAGUUACUUCGGUGCCUAAAGGUCUUGAAGAUGUCUCAAAAUAUCCCGAUUUGUUUGAUAAACUUGCUGAAGAAGGUCAUGGCUACGAACCUUGGUCGAAAGACGAGCUGAAGAACCUUGCUGGUCUCAAUCUCAUUCGAGUAUUCAAAGAUGUUGAAAGAAUUCGUGAUGAAAUGAAAAACGAAAACAUUCCAGCUAUCCCAAUUCCCUAUGACGACAUCAUGAACGAAAAUCCUGAUGCUGAGAAAGUUUGGAUUAUUGGAGGAAUUUCCUUUCUAGUGGUUGUUGGUGUUACUCUUGGAAUUGUUUUACCCUUAACUGUAUUCAAGUCAAACAAUGAUACAUUUAAAGGCAGUGACGUGCUUGACGAGGUUCCUUUGAUCGAUGGACACAAUGAUCUUCCUUACAACCUCUAUGCUAUUGAAAGAAAUCGUCUAAAUGACUUCAACUUUGAUUCCGAUUUGAGAUUAAAUCCAAAAUGGGACAGUCCGAGUAGCUUCACAGAUCUACCAAGGAUAAGGCAGGGAAAACUUGGGGGACAGUUUUGGGUUGCCUACGUUGGAUGCAACCGCAAUUAUAAAGACGCAGCUGAGAGAACGUUGGAACAAAUUGAUGUCAUUAAAAGAUUGAUCAACAAAUAUCCAAACGACAUGAUGUACGUCACUGAAGCUGAUCAAAUUAUGGAAGCUUUUAACCAAAAGAAAGUCGCGAGUAUGAUUGAGAUCGAAGGUGGACAUUCAAUUGAUUCGAGGCUGUCAGUGUUGAGAUUGUACUACGAGUUGGGUGUUCGAUGCAUGACAUUGACUCACAGUUGUGACUUGCCUUGGGCUGACUCAUCACCCAUUGACGACAAUCCAAAUGCGGUUAAGAAGAAUUUGACUGAUUGGGGAUUGAAAGUUGUGGAAGAAAUGAAUCGUCUGGGGAUGAUCAUUGAUUUGUCACAUGUGAGUGAAGGUGUGAUGUUGGCAGCUUUGGAACAUUCGCAGGCUCAAGUGAUAUUCAGCCAUUCAUCAGUUUAUGCGCUGCAAAAUCAUCAUCGCAAUGUUAAAGACAAUGUUUUGUUGAAAGUUAAAGAGAAGAACGGCCUUGUAAUGAUCAAUUUUUACAGUGGAUUCAUAGGGGGAAGUGACACGAUAGAUGAUGUCAUAAAUCACAUUAAUUACGUAAGAGAUUUAAUUGGGUCCGAACAUGUCGGAAUUGGUGGAGAUUACGAUGGAGUGGAUAAAGUUCCUAAAGGGCUGGAAGAUGUCUCAAAAUAUCCCGAUCUGUUUGACAAACUCGCUGAAGAAGGUCAUGGCUACAAACCUUGGUCGAAAGAUGAGCUGAAGAACCUUGCUGGUCUUAAUCUCAUUCGAGUAUUCAAAGAUGUUGAAAGAAUCCGAGAUACUUUAAAAGACGAAAAGAUUUUAGAUAAUCCAAUUCCUUAUGACGAUAUCAAGAACCAAAAUCCUGACGUUGGCUUAUUAACGAAGUCCAGGAAAAUGACAAAAAAUAAAAGAAUAUUUGCCGUGACAAUAAUUGUGGUAAUCAUUGAAGUGGUUUCGGGAGUGCGACUUCCCUUAUCAGUCUUUCAAUCCCAAGAAGAUACGUUCAAAGGCAGUGACGUGUUAGAUGAAGUUCCAUUAAUCGACACUCACAAUGACUUGCCUUGGAAUCUUUAUCGAUUUGAAAAAAAUAAUUUGGAUGAGUUUGAUUUUGAUUCUGAUUUGAGAUUAAAUCCAAAAUGGGACAGUCCGAACAGCUUCACAGAUCUACCAAGGAUAAGACAAGGGAAACUUGGGGGGCAGUUUUGGGUGGCCUACGUCAGUUGUAACGACAACUAUAAAGACGCAGCUGAGAGAACGUUGGAACAAAUUGAUGUCAUUAAGAGAUUGAUCAACAAAUAUCCAAACGACAUGAUGUACGUCACUGAAGCUGAUCAAAUUAUGGAAGCUUUUAACCAAAAGAAAGUCGCGAGUAUGAUUGAGAUCGAAGGUGGACAUUCAAUUGAUUCGAGGCUGUCAGUGUUGAGAUUGUACUACGAGUUGGGUGUUCGAUGCAUGACAUUGACUCACAGUUGUGACUUGCCAUGGGCUGACUCAUCACCCAUUGACGACAAUCCAAGUGCGGUUAAGAAGAAUUUGACUGAUUGGGGAUUGAAGGUUGUGGAAGAAAUGAAUCGUCUGGGGAUGAUCAUUGAUUUGUCACAUGUGAGUGAAGGUGUGAUGUUGGCAGCUUUGGAACAUUCGAAGGCUCAAGUGAUAUUCAGCCAUUCAUCAGUUUAUGCUUUGCGAAACCAUCAUCGCAAUGUUAAAAACAAUGUUUUGUUGAAAGUUAAAGAGAAGAAUGGUGUGGUUAUGAUCAAUUUCUACAGUAGCUUCAUUGGUGGAAAUAAUAAGAUAGAUGAUGUUAUCAAUCACAUUAAUUACGUCAGAGAUUUAAUUGGUUCCGAACAUGUUGGAAUUGGUGGAGAUUACGAUGGAGUAAGUGCAAUGCCCGAAGGUCUUGAAGAUGUCUCAAAAUAUCCCGAUCUGUUUGACAAACUUGCUGAAGAAGGUCAUGGCUACAAACCUUGGUCGAAAGACGAGCUGAAGAACCUUGCUGGUCUUAAUCUGAUUCGAGUUUUCAAAGAUGUUGAAAGAGUUCGUGAUAACAUGAAAAGCGAAGAUAUUUUAGACGAUCCAAUUCCAUAUGACGACAUCAUGAACCAAAAUCCUGAUGCUGGUCUGUGUCGAACUGACAUUGAAAAUUACAAGCCACAAGAAUCAAGCAAGUCAUUACUUUCGAUGAGUUACGAAACAGCAGAAACAUUUUAAUUAGUUUAAAGUUUCUAAUAAAGUUUACUUUCGGUCAUCGUCAGUGACUAAAAGAAUAAAAAAUG